GUCGGGGAUGCGGGGUUGGCCUGACACGACACGGCAUUGCUUGUCCGGGAGCGGGGUAUGUGUUACAGAAAGGUACCUACCUACCUUUGCCAGCACACCCUCACCCACCACUGCCAGUCUACCACAGUAGAGCUCCGUGCCGAUUCUCUACUGGCGGGAAGUGGCGGGAAGGGAAGGGGAUACCUUAGACUCCGAAGGGCCGAUCGGACCCCUCCGGACACGCAGACCAUCACUAAGCAGUACCACGUCAGGUUUAAAGGAACAACCCUGAGCCAACACCAACAGCAUGGGUGCCCCGACUGAGUGCCCGCUCCGGCAUGCCAACGUCGCCGGCGGCGGCACGCGCAACAACGACUGGUGGCCGAACCGACUGCAGCUCAACAUCCUGCGGCAGCACCAGCCGGCGUCGAGCCCGCUCAAGGACUUCGACUACGCGGCGGCCUUCAAGACGCUCGACUACCAAGCCCUGAAGAAAGACCUGCAGGCGCUGAUGACGGACUCGCAGGAGUGGUGGCCGGCCGACUUUGGCCACUACGGCGGCCUGUUCAUCCGCAUGGCCUGGCACAGCGCGGGCACGUACCGCGUGUCCGACGGCCGCGGCGGCGGCGGCCAGGGCCAGCAGCGCUUCGCCCCGCUCAACAGCUGGCCCGACAACGUCAGCCUCGACAAGGCGCGCCGCCUGCUGUGGCCCAUCAAGCAGAAGUACGGCGACAAGAUCUCGUGGGCCGACCUGCUGCUGCUGACGGGCAACGUGGCGCUCGAGUCGAUGGGCUUCCAGACCUUUGGCUUUGCCGGCGGCCGCCCGGACACGUGGGAGGCCGACGAGAGCGCCUACUGGGGCGGCGAGACCACCUGGCUCGGCAACGACGUGCGCUACUCGCAGGGCCACGAAGGGGUGCCCGGCCACAGCGUCGAGCCGGCCGACGAGUCCAAGAUGGACCACAAGGACAUCCACACGCGCGACCUCGAGUCGCCGCUGGCCGCCGCGCACAUGGGCUUGAUCUAUGUCAACCCGGAGGGGCCCGACGGCAUCCCGGACCCCGUGGCCGCCGCCCGCGACAUCCGCACCACCUUCGGGCGCAUGGCCAUGGACGACGAGGAGACGGUGGCGCUGAUCGCGGGCGGGCACACCUUCGGCAAGACGCACGGCGCGGGGCCCUCGGACAACGUCGGCAAGGAGCCCGAGGCGGCGUCGCUGGAGCAGAUGGGCCUCGGCUGGGACAACAAGUACGGCUCCGGCAAGGGCCCGCACACCAUCACCAGCGGGCUCGAGGUCAUCUGGACCAAGACGCCGACGCGGUGGAGCAACCAGUUCUUCGAGUACCUGUUCAAGUUCGAGUGGGAGCUGACCAAGAGCCCCGCGGGUGCCAACCAGUGGGUGGCCAAGGACGCCGACGCCUUCGUGCCGGACCCGUUCGACGCCACCGUCAAGCACAAGCCGCGCAUGCUGACCACCGACCUGGCCCUGCGCUUCGACCCGGCGUACGAGAAGAUCUCGCGCCGCUUCCUCGAGCACCCGGACCAGUUCGCCGACGCCUUUGCGCGCGCCUGGUUCAAGCUGCUGCACCGCGACAUGGGCCCGCGCUCGCGCUGGCUCGGCCCGGAGAUCCCGUCCGAGAUCCUGCUCUGGGAAGACUACGUCCCGCCCGUCGACCACCCGCUCGUCGACGCCAACGACAUCGCCGCCCUCAAGAAGGACAUCCUCGCCACGGGCGUCGCCCCGCACAAGCUGAUCUCCACGGCCUGGGCGUCCGCCUCCACCUUCCGCGGCAGCGACAAGCGCGGCGGCGCCAACGGCGCCCGCAUCCGCCUGGCCCCGCAGAAGGACUGGAAGGUCAACAACCCAGCCCAGCUCGCCGAGGUCCUGAAGGCGCUCGAGGGCGUGCAAGCCAAGUUCAACACCUCCGCCGCGGGCGGCAAGAAGGUCUCCCUGGCAGACCUGAUCGUGCUCGGCGGCGUGGCCGCACUAGAAGCCGCCGCGCCGGGCGUGUCUGUGCCCUUCACCCCGGGCCGCACCGACGCGUCCCAGGAGCAGACCGACGUCCACUCCUUCGGCCACCUGGAGCCCUACGCCGACGGCUUCCGCAACUAUGGCCGAGGCACGAGGCGCGUGUCGACGGAGCAGUUCCUCGUCGACCGCGCGCACCUGCUGACUCUCACCGUCCCCGAGAUGGCUGUGCUCGUGGCCGGCCUGCGCGUGCUGGGCGCCAACUGGGAUGGCAGCGACCUGGGUGUGUUUACGGACAAGAAGGGGAAGCUGACGAAUGAUUUCUUUGUGAAUCUGCUGGACAUGGGCACGGCCUGGAAGGCAGUGGAUGAGAGCAAGGAGUUCGUGAGGGACUUUGUUAAGGCGUGGGAUAAGGUCAUGAUGCUCGAUCGGUUUGAGUUGAGUCAGGGGGGUUCGGCGGUGCCGAAGUUGUAGGGCGGGUUAGCUGAGGGGAAAUACUACCAGGUAGUGAAUGUAACUGAUUCUGAAGUCUAUAUGCCUUGACGAAUGUCUGCUGGGGAUUACUGUAUCUUCAAAAGCCUUCCCUUCCUGGGAUG